AUGUGGCGAAGAGGCUCCGAAGCGCCGAUGGACACAUCCCCUCCGGGCCCACGGCAGCCGAGCAUCUUCGAUAGCAACGGCUCGAGCGGCUGGACAGCAGGUCAACACACCAAUGCAGUGCAGACCAUGGACACGGACAUGGCCGACGUGGAAAUGUCGAGCCUCACACCGCCUUCUCACAAGUUUGGCGAUUCGCGACGCCACUUGGCAGAUGCAGGCCAAGCGCUGGCCGACGACUCGAUGACCGAUGCUGCUGAUGCUGCUGCGGCACGCAGUCACUCUUCGAAAGCAUCAAGAUCGGACGCAGCUGCGCAGAAUUCGCCAUUGGCGUCCACUUCGCAGCACGUGCGUCGCAAACGCAGCGUGCUCAGCAGGAAGGGAAAGCGCCUGGCGCAUCUGCAGAGCAGGGAUCUCGUGGCCUCGUCGCGCAGCUUUGGAUCUCAUCAGGACGACUUUGUCGAUGAUGGCGACAGCUAUGGCACCGAGGCAGAAGACGACGACGACGAAGACGACGAUGAGCAAGGCAGCGGAGGGUCGCGGCAGCGCGGGACGCCCAGUCGCAUUCGCUCAAUCACCAAGUAUGCCGUCAACUACAUCCUUCCCGGUGCGGUCUCGCCACUACCGCAUGCGCAGGGCGCCGCAUCCUCGGCUGCCUCGGGGCAUCACAUGGACAAGCCCGAGCUGCUGCUUGGGUAUGCGCAACUCGUCUUCAACGCGAGCAUCCUGUCGGCGUUCCUGUAUCUGCUCUUCCACGUGGUUCGCACGGUGCAGAAGGACGUGGCGGAAAAGGUGCGCGCCUACGAGAUGGACACGCUGUCCGAGAUCACGGCCUGCGCUGCCGCCUACACGGCCAACCGAUGCGGCACGGAUCUGCAGGCGCCGGCGUUGGCGCAUGCGUGCAGCAACUGGGAGCGCUGCUCGGCCCGCGAUCCCGCCGUGGUGGGCACCGCGCGCGUCACCGCAGAGACCUUUGCCGAGAUCCUCAACGGCUUUGUCGACUCGGUGAGCUGGAAGACCAUGUUCUUUACGCUCAUCUGCUUCUCCAUGGUGGUGGGCGCUACCAACUCGUUCUUGUCUUUCUUUCGCAUCAAGUCUCGCUCGCGCUCGCAUCACGACACCAACUCGCAGCCAACGCAGCCACCGGUCGCAGCUUCAAGGCAAGCGGAUCCACACGCCAUUGCCGGUGCACCACAACAGGCAAUUGGAGCCCAUGCGAGCGGUGUGCCCCACUACUACCACUCGCCUCAUCCCGACUUUGCCUCGUUGCCGCCUUACGCCUAUGCCAACUGGCAGCAGCUGCCGCCUGCCACACCUUCUCGCCGACGUUCUCGUCCGGCUGCCUGA